AUGGUUCUUUUAACGUCCUCCAGUGUUUCGGCCAUUCUGUCGAUGGGAGUGAUCUGCAUAUUCACCAUAUUGUUAUUUUUCUCUGGAUAUGUGUUACAGCAGCAAUCUGUCAAGAACAUUCAGCAUGCUUUGAAGCCCCAAGAAGCCGCCCAAAUGGCCAGACACAAAACAAGCCCCGCAUUCCAAAAGCCACUAAAACGAGGUCUAUCAGACACCGACUAUGGGGCUGAUGAAGAUACACCAAUUGGAAGUCAGCGCAACUACGAUGCAUCUGGAAACUAUGCCUAUCUCCAAAUGCUAUCUGAGCCAGAUCCAUCAGACAUCUGCUCCGCAAUUCUUUUCUUCAAACAACUCUCCACAAAUGGGACGGCUGUCCAGGACCGCCUCUUCAUAUAUCCAGAGCAAUGGGACAGAAUGUCAGCCAAGAAAUUGGGCCAAUCAGCCGCAAAAGCCCUAUCAAUAUUACGUGCCGCCAGUGCAAAAUAUAAUAUAUGGCUCCUCCCAAUCGACAUGUCAGCAGCCACAGCUGCAGGCUACUCAACAACAAACAGCAAGCUGCUUCACCUAGGGCAAAUCCAAUUCAUGCAGUACGAUAGCGUCCUCUAUGUUCAAACGCCCGGUCUAUUAUUAGACACAGGCAAGCUGGAUGAUAUGCUCUUGGAUCGGCCCCUGCCCCUCCGUCACGACAAGAAUCGCCCAGAGUCGUAUAACAAUGAGGCGUGGAUUCCUAUGCCUCUUCGUGCGAACCGUGAGGCGGAUCUCCCACCUGUCUAUCUCAUUACUGUCAAUAAUAUCGAGAAUGGGCAUAUUGAGGCAAGGACUCAUGUUCCCAAUGUUGCAUUGCCCGGCUUUGGGGGUCUUGUGGUUGGGGCUCAGAGAGCUGCUAAAGUGGCGACAUUGGCAGAUGCCGACCAGCCUGGCUAUGUCUAUUUCGAUAACGAUCGGGAUGGACGUGUUAAGUGGGCUAACAAUCCCUAUUUUGGAACUUGGCGAUCUCAGCAAGCUGAAGUUUGUGAGGGGCUGGACUUUGACGAAAUCAUUCAUGAUGAGCAAUGA